AUGUUUAAAGCAAGCCCAUUCCCACGCUCCCUCCCUUCCCGCCUCUUCUCCUCCCCUGCGCAACCUUCACGUCCUCUUCUCAGAUUCACCAACACCACCUUUGGAUCUCAGCAUCAACACCUAAACAACCACCGUACCUCCAGCUUCUCCCACAUCGCCUAUCAACGCGCACCGCCAUCAUCGUCAUCGUCUACUCCUCCUUCUAUCAGACCCGACCGCAAGAUGGCCGAAAGCGACAUUGAGAAGUACCUCAAACAGACGCACGACCGCGUCUUCGAGAACAACCGCAAAUGGGCCGAGGAGAAGAAGAAGCAGGACCCCAACUUCUUCGUCAGCCUGUCCCAGGGCCAAGCUCCCGAGUACCUCUGGAUCGGAUGCAGCGAUUCGCGCAUCCCCGCCGAGCAAAUCACCGGCCUCGAGCCCGGUGAAGCCUUCAUCCACCGCAACAUUGCCAACAUGGUCAAUAACAUUGACCUCAACGUCAUGAGCGUCAUUAACUAUGCCGUCCGCCACCUCAAGGUCAAGCACAUCGUCGUCUGUGGCCACUACGGAUGCGGAGGUGUCAAGGCCGCCAUGACUCCCAAGGACCUCGGUCUGCUCAACCCCUGGCUGCGUAAUAUCCGCGACGUCUACCGCCUGCACGAGGCUGAGCUCGACGCCAUCAAGGAGGAGGAUGCUCGCUACGAUCGGCUCGUCGAGCUCAACGUUCUCGAGCAGUGCCGCAACGUCAUCAAGACGGCUGCUAUCCAGCAGUCGUACGCCAAGAACAAGUUCCCCAUUGUCCACGGCUGGGUCUUUGGUUUCAACGACGGUCUCCUCAAGGACCUGGAGAUUGAUCACGAGAAGAUGCUGCACGACGUUCAGAAGCUCUACCACCUUCCCGGUGCCGACUUCUAA